UGUCUGUCUGAAUCACCUUUACCAGAUACACACACAGACUCUGAGCCAGGUCAGCAUUCAGAAGCAGCCAGUAAGAGAGGAAGGAAGCAGGGGAAGUGAAAGAGGGGAGAGAGGGAGAGCAAGAAAGGGGGGAGUAUUGCACGGUCGAAGGCUGGAUUUGUCCCGGAACGCUACACUGUUCUUUGCCAUUCUAGUGUGGACCAGAGAGAAGUCGACACUUCAGUGGGAAGAGAGACGUGUACACAUAUGCGUGUGAUACCAGCAUCAGGUUUGUCACCACCCCUCGUGUCAGGGCCUUAGAGACGGCAGACCACUUCACCUCUGCGAGUCAUGUGACUCAAACUGCCACCCCGUCGCCCGUGACGGCAUGCUGUUUGACAGGCACCCACGAUUUGACCUGCAGCCACAAGGUUCCAUUCUGGCCCGGAACGUGUCCACUCGUUCCUGUCCGCCUCGCACCGGUCCCCCCUCUGACGUGGUGGACGGAGAGGAGGGGUGCUCUGACCUAGGGGAUCGAAAGAGUGGAGGAAUGAGACAGGUAAAGAAGAAGACCAGACGGCGAUACACAGAUGACCCCAGCAAGGAGUGCUUCACUCUGAAGUUUGACCUAAAUAUUGAUGUCAGCAUGGAGAUUGUCCCAGCUGUGAAGAAGAAAACUUUAAGAGAAGUCCUGGGAGCCGUGUUUGAGAGAAAAGGCAUUGAGCUAUCACGAGUCAACCUGUUUCUUGAUCAGUCCAACACCCCACUUUCACUGGGAUUUGAAGCCUACCGCUUUGGUGGCCACUACCUCAGAGUACGAGCUCGACCAGGAGAGGAGCUGAGGGUGGAGAGGUGUGUGAAGGACCCUCGUUCUCUAAGUCUGCCUACCAUGAGGUCGUCCAGCGCUCAUAACACCUCUACUGAGCGAGUGGAGCAUGGCUCUCUUGGACGCAGAGAGGCGGCAGAACUGCUAGCUGGCCUGAGUCAAGCACGUCGGCGAAAGAACAUGCCGGAGUUUCUGGGCGAUACCAGCGUCCCCACUCAAGACUCUGUAUCGCAGUUGAGCGGUUCUCUCUCAGGUUCUAUAAUGGGUACAGACCGUUGGAGGAACCGUGCCACCAGCCGCUUCAGUGGCCUCUUCAGUUCCAACUCAGGAAAUGGCUCUCUUGGCAAGGAGUGUGAUCGUGUGGACCAGUUGCAGAGUAAGCUGUACUCCUACACUAUGUUCGGAUUACCAAAGAUGCCACAGCAGCUCUCAUUCCACAGGGACUCAUGGGAAGAAGAGCCUAACCUGGAGCUAGAGGAGAGCUGGAAGGAGCUACUGGAGAACCCUGAGAUUUUAACCAGGCGCCAAUGCCAUCAGCAGGAGUCUAUAUGGGAAUUGCUGCAGACAGAGUCAGACUACAUCAAGAAACUGCACGUCAUAACUGAUCUGUUUCUAUGUGGACUGCUGAACUUGCAGGAGAGUGGUUUACUGAGUGAAGUGGAACCUAUGCGUCUCUUCAGUAACAUUCAGGACAUUGUGCAGCUGCAUAUAUCCCUAUGGGCCGAGGUCAUGCUUCCUGCACUUGAGAUAGCCAGACAAAAACGAACACUGCUCGACCCCAAUGACCUGCAUCAGGGCUUCAGCACUUUUGGUUAUAGAUUCAAGCCCUACAUCCAUUACUGCAUGGAGGAAGAGGGCUGCAUGGAGUACAUGCGUACUUUACUGAAAGACAAUGAGCUCUUCAGAAUAUAUGUAACUUGGGCUGAGACUUAUAAGCAAUGCAACCGUCUUAAACUGACAGAUAUGUUGGUAAAGCCUCAUCAGAGACUCACUAAAUACCCACUGCUGCUUAAGAGCGUGCUGAAAAAGACUGAUGACCCAUCAACUCGAGAGGCCAUUAACAGAAUGGUGGCUUCUGUUGAAUGCUUCAUUAACAGUGUGGACUCUCAAAUGAGACAAAGAGAGGAAAAACAGAAGCUGGCUGCCAUUGCUGGUCGUAUAGAGGCGUAUGAGGCCGUGGAGGGGGCCAGUGAGGAAGUGGAGAAGAUCCUCAGGGAAUAUUAUAACUUUGACCUGACUGCUCCAGUGAUGGGCGCCCCACCAGAAGAGACCCGUCAGCUGCUCUUAGAGGGAGCUCUGAAGAUGAAGGAGGGGAAAGAAAGCAGGAUGGAUGUGUACUGUUUCCUGUUCACUGACAUUCUGUUGAUUACUAAGCCGGUGAAGCGAGUGGAAAAGGUUAAGGUGAUUCGGCAGCCUCUAAUUAUACAUAACAUUGUGUGUCGAGAACUGAAGGACCCAGGAAGCUUCCUCCUCAUCUACCUCAAUGAAUUUCGUUGCGCCGUGGCCUCCUACUGCUUUCAGGCCAACAGUGGCACUCAGGGCCGCAGCUGGAUGGAGGCCAUCUACAAUGCACAGCUCCUGAGACUUUGUCCAGAGUCCCAGCAAGAUGACACAGAUUACAGAGAGGAGGUUGAGACGGAAAGCAGCAUGUCCACAUCCAGCUCUCCAUCACUUCAGUACAGAGAACCACUUGGCAAGAGCCUCUCCCUUUCACCAAGUCACUCUGAUGGUUCAACUGAAACCCUUUCUGUGGAUGCAAUGGAGGAUGCGGAUGAGGUUGAGUCGUCAUCGACUGGAAAGAUAAUGCAGACUGCAUCCUUGAGAAGUUCGCUCCUCUCUGACUCUUUAAGCCUGAGGGAUUCCCUAUCGACUGAUUCUAGUAGAACUCUGGAAAGCCUGGUUGAUUCGGUCACCACAGACCUGGAUGCAGAAAGUCACUGUCUUUCAAUAGACAGUGCGUAUGGAACUCUCUCACCAGAGUCCCUGAUCACAGAGCUGGACUUAAAGGGAGGGCUAGGCCAGAGUGAGGGAGAUGAUGCUGGAGAGGAAGAGGAGGCAUUUGAGGAUGGUGAAGAUGCAGAUGAAGAGGAUUCAAUCACCUGGAAUGGCUCUCAGAUUACUGUAAAUGAGUCCUACAUUUUGGAUGACCCGUCAACCAAUCAGGAGCCUGGAAAGAAGAAUGACUUUGCUGGAAUGUCUCAGGACACGGAUUGCCGCUCCCAAACAUUGCGACGCAGUUCACCUCGCCCGGACUACCUGCAGCAAUUUACCCUCAGGUCACGCUCUGAAGAUGACCUUCUUCAACACCUCAAUGGCCCUGUCCACAACUUGGACAGUAGAAAUAUCAGCAAUAGCCUGACACACCUCACCAAACAAACGUGGCACAGCUCAGAGCUAUUACAGACAGACGUGGAACACCAUCAGCAGGACGUCAUAGAAAAUAUUUCAAGAAAAGUGACAGACAGUCUUAAGCGAGCAGAGGCCAGGCAUGUGCAAAGGACCCUGAGCUGCCCCAAUGGUCAGGCAAAUUGUGAGCUUACAGAAAUUGAAAUACUGCCCCCUAGUGGAAUGGAGGAAAAGAGUGACAUUGCGUUGACCCAGCACCCUCAUCAGCAGCAUAAGAAGCUUACAGUGGCACAGUUGCACAGAAUACGUGCCACCAUGGUGCUAAACUCAACACUAACUGCCUCGGAGGUGUAAAAGAAGUUGAUGCCAUUAGCUGGUCUAUUGGUGGGCCCAUGUCCAAGACUACUUAUGAUAAGAAGUCACUACCUGUAUCAACAACUGGGCUCCCUGAAGGUUGGCUUCACCCACAGAGGGAGACGCAACUCACCGAUUAAAAUAUAAACACAGGAAGGUCCAGGGAGGAUCCUGAGAAAUUCUCAUUAAACAGCCAUGACCAUACCUUAAUAAUAAACUAAUAUUGACAAUAAAGUCAAUAUUUUUUCUACAGACCAUCCAUACAAAGACUUACAUUAUGUUUUAUGUCUGCCACUGAAAAAAAGAGACUUGAGUUAAAGAUGCUGUAAGUGAUUGUUUUUUUUGUUUUUGUUUUUGUCCCUACUAUCUGACAGAUACAGUUGAAGAAGUUUACAUACACUUAGGUUGAGGUUUUUAAAAACUCCACAAACUUAAUAUUAGCAAACUAUAGUUUUGGCAAGUCGUUUAGGACAUCUACUUUGUGCAUGACACAAGUAAUUUUUCCAACAAUUGUUUGCAGACAGAUUGUUUCACUUAUAACUGACUGUAUCACAAUUCCAGUGGGUCAGAAGUUUUCAUACACUAAGUUACCUUUGCUUUUAAGCAGCUUGGAAAAUUCCAGAAAAUGAUGUCAAACUUUUUGACAAUUAUCCAAUUAUCUUCUUAUAGGAGGUGUACUUUAUUGGAAGUGUAUCUGUGGAUGUAUUUUAAGGACUACCUUCAAACUCAGUACCUCUUUGCUUGACAUCAUGGGAAAACCAAAAGAAAUCAGCCAAGACUUCAUAAAACAUUUGUGGACCUCCACAAGUCUGGUUCAUCAUUGGUAGCAAUUUCCAAAUGCCUGAAGGUACCACGCUCAUCUGUACAAACAAUAGUACUCAAGCAUCAUACCACUCAUGAACGAGACACAUUCUGUCUCCUAGAGAUUAACGUAGUUUGGUGCAAAAGUGCAAAUCAAUCCCAGAAUAACAGCAAAGGACUUUGUGAAGAUGCUGGAGGAAACAGGUAGACAAGUAUCUAUAUCCACAGUAACACGAGUCCUAUAUCGACAUAACCUGAAAGGAUGCUCAGCAAGGAAGAAGCCACUACUUCAAAACCACCAUAAAAAAGCCAGACUACAGUUUGCUAGUGUUCAUGGGGACAAAGAUCUUACUUUUUGGAGAAAUGUCCUCUGGUCUGAUGAAACAGAAGUUACUGUUUGACCAUAAUGACCAUCGUUAUGUUUGGAGGAAAAAGGGUGAGGCUUGCAAGCCGAAAAACUCAAUCCCAACCGUGAAGCGUGGGGGUGGCAGCAUCGUGUUGUGGGGAUACCUUGCUGCAGGAGGGACUGGUGCACUUCACAAAAUAGAUGGCAAUAUGAGGAAGGAAAAUUAUGUGGAUAUACUGAAGCAACAUCUCAAGACAUCACCCAGGAAGUUAAAGCUCAGUCACAAAUGGGUCUCCCAAAUGGACAAUGACCCCAAGCAUACCUCAAAGACAACAAAGUCAAGGUAUUGGAGACCUACAAACCUAACUCAGUUACACCAGUUAUGUCUUGAGAAGUGGAACAAAAUUCCAGCAACUUACAGUGAGACGCUUGUGGAAGGCUACCCAAAACAUUUCACCCAAGUUAAACAAUUUAAAGGCAAUGCUACCAAAUACUAACAAAGUGUAUGUAAACUUCUGACACACUGGGAAUGUGAUGAAAGAAAGAAAAGCUGAAAUAAAUAGUUCUCUCUACUAUUAUUCUGACAUUUAACAUCCUUAAAAUAAUGUGGUGAUCCUAACUGACCUAAGACAGGGAAUGUUUAAAUGUAUUUGGCUAAGGUGUAUGUAAACUUUUGACUUCAACUGUAUCAGUGAAAUACUCUAGAUAUUCAAAGAAAUCACACCUGUCUAUGUGACAUCCCUAGGCUCUGUAAAAAGCAAAAAAGAAAAGAGAGUGGGGGGAGGAUCCUGGGUUUUAUGGCCAAUCAGAAAUGGUCUUUUCCUCUGGCUUUUACGUGUUUAGGUGGAUGAAAUGUCCCUGGUGGGUGGGGUUUUGAAGAAUACAUUGGUUGAAGUUUAAUUCAGUGAGUAAAACCAGCUGAAAUCACAUCCAGCAGCUUCAUUUUACAUCGCACCAGUCAGGACUUUUGCGAAGUAAAAGGGACAGAAUAGAAUUGAUUGUAAUCUUUACUGUUUAAUACUUUCACAUCAGCAUCAAAUGACACAUAUCUUUCUGACUUAUAAAAGACAAUAGUCUUUUCUCUGAUUGCAAUUUGUGAAAGUGAAUGCUCUGUUGAAGUCAACACUAUUGAGUAGUAGUCAACAAUAUUCACAGCAACGCCAUCUUUAAUUUUUGAUGGGAAUGACGACGAGGCUGUGAGGGCUAGUCAGUAACUUUACUGUUGUUUAAAGUGUUUUUUGAUCUUUCCGCUAUCUUGAAAAUAUUUUCCAAUCAAUUUCAGUAGACAAAAAAAAAAAAAAAACUCAUUAGAUGUGAUCUAGUAGCAUUUUGAUAGCUUUAUACAGUGUAUGUCAUUGAAGUAUAUCCCUCAUAACCUCAUUUUUAUUACCGUCAAAAAUCAAAGAAUGUGCUACUGUGAAUAAGGUGAAUAAUUGUCACUGUUUUGAAUACCAAAAAUUGGUCCAUUUUGGUAAUCAGGUAAAUGACAAACAAGCACAGCUCUUUUUUACUUUCUGGAUGUCUCCUUUCUUAAACUGAUAAUAGCACACAGACACCUGAGACGCAAAAUAUAAUGAGUCUUUUAUAGCUAUUAAUAGCUAAUAAAUAGCUAAAUAGCUUUCCUCAAUCUGCCAUUGGUCAAACAAGCAGAUAGUCCCUCACCUCACUCAAGUCAUUGGUUGAGUCUAUGUCGGGCGGUUGGUGAGCUCAGACAAACAAGAGCAAUAUUUUUUACAUCGCUAGAUUUGCCAGUUUUUUAAAUCAACAAAUGUCUUACUUAUAGUUGUCCCUGCAUAUUAAGCUUGGAUAUGAAAAUGUACACUGGUGGCCAAAUGUUUGGAAUAAUCUGCAGAUUUUGCUGUUUCGGAAGUAAAUUGGCACUUUAAUUCACCAAAAUGGCAUUCAACUGGUCACAAAGUAUAGUCAGGACAUUACUUAUGUAAAAAAAACAGCACUAUCACUAUUUUAAUUUUUUUAUCAAAUCUACAGUCCCCAUUUCUAGCAGCCAUUACUCCAACACCUUAUCCUAGAAUAGUCAUGCUAAAUUGCUAAUUUGGUACUAGAAAAUCACUUGCCAUUAUAUCAAACACUGCUGAAUGCCAUUUAGUUAAAUGAAGCUUAACAUUGUCUUUGUGUUUGUUUUUGAGUUGCUGCAGUAUGCAAUAGACUGGCAUGUCUUAAGGUCAAUAUUAGGUCAGAAAUAGCAAAAAAAGAAACAGCUUUAUCUAGAAACUCAUCAGUCAAUCAUUGUUUUGACAAUGAUUGAGGAAUGAAGGCUAUAUAGGAAUGAAGGCUAUAUAAUUCUUGAAAUUGCCAAAAUUUUGAAGGUUUCAUACAAGGUGUUCACUGCAGUCUUCAAAGACAGAGGACAACUGGCUCUAACAAGGACAGAAAUAGAUGUGGAAGGCCGGAUGUACAACUAAACAAGAGGAUAAGUACAUCAGAAUGUAGUUUGAGUAAUAGAUGCCUCACAUGUCCUCAGCUGACAGCUUCAUUGAAUUCUACCCGCUCAACACCAGUUUCAUGUACAACAGUAAAGAGAAGACUCAGGGGUGCAGACCUUAUGGGAAGAAUUGCCAUCUUAUGGAUCUUAACCCCAUUGAGCUUUUGUAGGAUCAGAUAGACUGUAAGGUGUGUGAGAAAUGCCCGACAAGACAGUCACAUCUAUGGCAAGUGCUACAGGAAGUGUGGGGUGAAAUGUCACCUGAGUAUCUGGACAAACCGACAGCUAAAAUGCCAAAGAUCUGCAAAGCUGUUAUGGAUGAUUUUUUUGAUGAGAACUCUUUGAAGUAGUUAAAGACGUUCUGAACAUUUUUUCAAAUUGUAAUAGAAAUUUUUCACAUUAUUAAUGUCCUUAAUAUACAUUGUAAUCAGUUGUAUGCCAGUUAGGUGAAUAAAAGUACCAAUUUCUUUCUAUAAGAGCAAAAUCUGUAAAUUUUUCCAAACUUUUGGCCACCAGUGUAUUUUAGUACUUUAAAGGAAUAGUUCACCCAAAAAUGAAAAUCCUCUCAUCGUUUACCCACUCUCAUGCCAUCCCAAAUUUGUAUGACUUUCUUUCUUCUGCUGAACACAAAUGAAGAUUUUUAGAAGAAUAUUUCAGCUCUGUAGUUACUCAUAAUGCAAGUGAAUGGGUACCAAAUUUUGGUACCAAAAAGCACAUAAAGGCAGCAUAAAAAUAAUAAAUUGGACUCCAGUGGUUAAAGCCAUGUCUUCAUAAGCGAUAUGAUAAGUGUGGUUGUAAAACAGAUCAAUAUUUAAGUCUUAUUUUACUAUAAAUUCUCCUCCUAGUAGGUGGUGAUAUGCACAAACAAAAUGUGAAUCACUAAAAACAAAAGAAGAAAAAUGUGAAAAUGAAAGCAGGGAUUGUUCUUAUAAAAGGAUUUAAAUAUUAAUCUGUUCCUCACCCACACUUAUCAUAUAGCAUCUGAAGAUAUGGAUUUAACCACGGAAGUUGUAUGGAUUACUUUUAUGUGGCAUUAAUGUUCAUUUUGAAUCUUCCAAAUGUUGGUACCCAUUCACUUGCAUUGUAUGGAGCUACAGAGCUGAAAUAUUCUUCAAAGAAAUCUUAAUUUGUGUUCUGCAGAAGAAAGAAAGUCAUACACAUCUGAGAUGACAUGAUGAUGAGUAAAUGAGGAGAGAAUUUUUGGGUGAACUAUCCCUUAACCAUCAAAUAAGUUACACACUUUAGCUUUAAAUCACUUUUGUGAGAAUAAUCAAAAAGAACGACUGUGGACUAUUUUUGCUUCGAGCGCCACAAUAAUCAACUUACAUGCAUUUACUGUUUUUUUUUCUCAGUGUUUUGUAAAUAUGGUAUUUAUUGACCCUGCGUUGUUUUACAGAAAAUAUAUUGUUGAUACCCUUUGAUUGUUGUCUCAUUUUGCUAUCUGAAUGGUAAGCACUGUUUCAAAGUUUAGCAUUUUUUAGAAUUUGUCUUUUAGAAAAUAAGGGCUCAAUCCAUGUCUUAUCCCAGGAUCAGUUUACAUACUGUACAUAGCUUACAUAUUUACAGUUUACAAAUAUGCACAUGAUCCCAAAGAAAAGAGAGCACAACUCACAAAUGACCAAUUAAAAUCUAAUGCCAACCACACUGCCGAAAUUUGUCCAUUGUGUUUGUUUGUAUACAAAACAAACAAGUGGCGGAGAGUAUGACUAGUCUACACUGACUAAUUCAAACACAUAAUACUGCUUACACUGAGCACUUCUAAAUGUCCCUUGCCUUAACUUGAUCAUGAACAGCAUGUACAGUUUAGCCUACAAGAUGUGCAUGAAAGCUUUUUUUUCUACCUUUUUUUGUAAAAAAUGCUACAUAUUUUUAGACCACAGUGCACAAUUACUUACCAGCAGCCGUCCUGCCAAAGAUAAAACUGCAACAUUCUUCUAAUCCAUAAGGUGGCAGCAAAGACCUGUUUUUUUUUAUUUGUUUUAAUCAUUGGCUUUUGUUUAUGCAGCUGAUGGGAAGACUUGAGGUCAUGCAAGUAAUUUUCCAACAUUAACGUCUAACUUGAGUGAACUCAUAUAUAAUCCUGUCAGGAAGUAAAAUCCACUACAGCACUUUAAGUAUUCUUGUCUGAUCAUUGAACAAAAAUGCUAGCAAGAGAUGAUUAUCAUAUCGGAUAUUGUUUGUCCUAUGAUAUCAUAUCUUUGUUUGCUUUCGUUUGCUUUCAUUUUUAUAAAGUAACUGUAGAAAUACAGUUGGAACCUCUCUUUGUCUAAUAGCAGAACCCUUUUGGAUGUUUGGUUAAUGAGUCUGUCUAAAGGCUCAUGAUUGUUUGUUCCCUAGAGUUUUAUUGGUCAUUGCAGGAGCUGAGUCUGCACUGUGGCUUAUAAACUUGCUGUGAGCAAAAGCCUGUAAACAUACUGUUCCACCAACACCCUUAAGAUGCAGCGGCUGGAGCCACCUUUAGUAGUUAUAACCAGUUAUGUCCCUGUUAUUCAACAACACCCUGUCAUUAAAUUAGACCUAAUCAUAUAGUGUUAAUAUAAAUAUUUAUUUACACUAUCAGAAUUAACAGAUUUGAUGACAUUUUGUGACAAAUAAAAAUGCCAGAGAUAAUAAAAAUGAUAAAUAUAUAUAUAAAAAAAACAUCCUGAAACAAAAGUGUCAUCUUUAUAUGUUGUCAUAUAUAAAAAAGCAUUAAGAGCAUUUUCAACAGUGCAUGAUUUAAUAACUUCAAAAAUGUCAAAUGGUGUAACCAUCAAGUAAAAAGUUUUACAAUUCCUUUCCUUGCACCUUGAAUAAAUGUACACAAACAAAUCAUUAGUUUCAAAAAAGCUUUCAAGCAUAUUUUAUUAUUUAUUUAUUUUAUUUUUAUUUUACAAAUAUCAUGAAUUUUUGAGUCACGUUUAUCAAGUAAUUUCCUUGGGGUUACUCUAUUUUAUCUGAUCAAAAUGGUUUUUCAUAUUUCACACACAGGGUCUGUUAUAUGAUUUUUGUUUUGCUUUCUGUCACAUGACAACAGA